CAAUAAAAUAAAGUAAUAAAUCAUUAAAUUUAUAGACAUGAAUACUUUUGACUAUCGAAACGAAGAUCAAGAAAUUCAGGAAUAUCGUGACUCUAUGUCUCCGUCUAAGCGAAGUUGGGUGCAAAACAAGAUCAUGAACUCCAUUGAUUGGCGAACUUCAAGCAAGAAGCAUUUCAGGAACAACUUCGGGCCUGAUUUCAGUUUGCUUGAAAAUCGGCUUUAUAAUCCAUUCAAAUAAUAAAAUCCCAAAUCGUGAUAUUCAGUCACAUCAAAGAAGUUUUGAAACUUUGCCGACGUUACAAGUUCAUCAAAGAAGAGAGUCUAUAUCAUCCCAGAGGAAAAUGAAUUUGAGGAUGAUCACUCCUGCCCAACCAACAAAGAGGUCAUUCUCUUCAUUAAGCAUUGAUGAAGGAAAUCCUCAAGAAAAUAGACACUCUCAGGUACCAAAUGAAGUGAUUAGUGCAAAUAAAAACCUACAUAAGAAGGUCUUUUGCAAAAUUACCUGCAACCUGAAGGAUUCUACCUCCUCCAAGGAUGUAGACCAAAGCUAUGAUGUUACCCAAAGUAAUCAGCCGAUAACAUUCGAUCUUAGCAUGAGAGAUGUAAUGCCAAUAGAUCAGAAUUUUGACCUCAUUGAAGAAGACCAAUACGGGAUUAAUAAGACUUUCUCGAAAAGAGAUAAGGCACCUACUUUAAUGAAGAAAUUCCUCUUGCUUUCUAAGUCAAAAGAGAUGGGUACUAAGAACUCUGCUCAGCUAUUAUCUAGGUCUUCCUCUGAUCCUCCUGUAGCAAAAGAUUCAUGAAAUUUGAAGGUCUAUUCAGACUACUGAAGUAAAUUACAAAUUCCUUUUAAAGAUCCUUUUAUUAAGGGAAAAUAUUAUGCUCAUCAGAGAAAAUGAAGCAAGGACUCUCAGAGUGAUAGCUUCUACAAACGUAUGAUGAAAGAUAGUGAGAAAAGGGUUCAUAGGAAACAAGUUAUUAACAAAAUCUUUAAUAAGCCCAAUCGCUCUAGAGCUAAGGAUCCCUGAAGAAAACGACAUAAUAGCCAUGGUAGUGCUAGAAAGAACGAGACAAAAAUAAAGUCUCGUAUUCCUCCGUUCAUUAAUCUUAAGGACCUCAUGAAGAUGGUUAAAAUUCCCAGGAAGGUUUAUAGAAAUGAUCAAUAAUAUCUUCAAUUUUUUUA